AUGCUUCCCCUAAGCCUGGGGAAUAGCUUGACAUGUCACUGCUUGCUUGGCAUGCCAGUUGGAGUUGAUCAGCAUAGCUGCAAAACUGCAGGUUCUCUGCAGCAGGUGCGACAGUCUUCUGAAGUUCUGGCUGAAGAAAACACCAAUGAUCUGUUGUUUUCUCCUGAUCAACUUGAUCAAGCCAGUGCUUCAGAAUCCACAUCUGGAAAUCCAUGCAUAAUUACUAGCCCUACUGUUAGUAAGAAGAAUCAUGGAAGUCACUUAGUUGAAAGUACGUCAGCCCCCUCUGAGAAUAUGCCUGAUAAUUCUGGGCACAAUGCUGGCACUGAAAAUUUUGGCAUGUUUGGUGAUACUCCUUUCAAAAGGAGUAUUGAAUCCCCAUCGGCAUGGAAGUCACCUUGGUUCAUUAAUUCUUUUGUGCCAGGCCCGAGGAUUGAUACGGAAAUAUCCAUCGAGGAUAUUGGUUAUUUUAUGAGUCCUGGGGACAGAAGCUAUGAUGCUAUUGCAUUAAUGAAACAGUUAAGCGAGCACACUGCCUCAGCAUAUGCCGAUGCCUUGGAAGUUUUGGGUAAAGACACUCAGGAGUCCAUAUUAAAAGAAAGAAGGCGCUCCAAUGAUCCCAAUUGUGAACAAGAGAAUCGCUCCAAUUUAGUUCCAAAUGUUUCGACCGAAUGCCGUACCCUUGACAUUAGUGAAUGUGAAACACCUAGGAAGAGAACAGAAAAUGGGAAAUCUUCAACUGCCAUAAGCUUUUCAAGUCCCUCUUCCUAUCUGUUGAAGGGUUGCAGACACAGCCUGAGCUCGACGUGCGAGGCUCGGACUAACGCCCGGCUCCGGCUUGUGAAAGACAAAAGUGGAGCAGAUAUGGAAUUAUGA